GAACCAUAUAUAUCGACACGUCGCUAGCGCGGUCACCAAAUCCAUCUCCACGUGGUCUGCAUGCGCCCGAUUCCUUCGUCUUCUUAAGCCGAUCGACGAUCGCAGCUGCAUGCUCACCUACGUCUGCUUAUCCACCAAGCCCAUCGAGGCGUCUAGUUUAGUAGGCUGAUCGCGGCCGUCCGCCCCUCCAUAUCAACCAUGCCGGGGCUCACCAUCGGCGACACCAUUCCCAACUUGGAGCUCGAGACAACCCAUGGCAAAAUCAAGAUCCAUGACUACGUCGGAGACAGCUUCUGCAUCAUCUUCUCGCACCCUGCUGACUUCACGCCGGUGUGCACGUCGGAGCUGGGCGGGAUGGCGAAGUGCAUGCCGGAGUUCCAGAAGAGCGGCGUGAAGCUGCUCGGCGUCUCAUGCGACGACGUGGAGUCCCACAAGGAAUGGAUCAAGGACGUCGAGGCCUUCACGCCGGGAAGUCACGUGCGGUAUCCGAUCGCGGCGGACCCGAAGAGGGAGGCGAUCAAGCAGCUGAACAUGGUGGACCCGUACGAGAAGGACGCGGAGGGUAAGCCGCUGCCCUCGCGGGCGCUGCAUAUAGUGGGGCCGGACAAGAAGGUGAAGGCCAGCAUGCUGUAUCCGGCGUCGACGGGGCGGAGCAUGGAGGAAGUGUUGCGGGUGGUGCAGUCGCUGCAGCUGGCGGCCAAGUACAUGGUGGCCACUCCCGUGAACUGGAAGCCCGGGGACCCGGUCGUCAUCUCUCCCGGCGUCUCCGACCAGGAGGCCAAGCGCAUGUUCCCUCAGGGCUUCGAGGUCAAGGAUCUGCCAUCCAAGAAAGGGUACCUACGCUUCACUCAAAUCGAAAGUUAGUGUGCAAUAUCUACGUAGAUGUAUAUGUACUGUCUUGGACUGAAAGGUAAUAAUAAUAAGUCAAGGGUGGUUCAUCGAC